AGCCUCAGGGCCUUUCUGUAAACAUUCCACUGCAGCUGGCACACAGGGUCCCUCUCUUUUACUCUGCCUGCAUGGGAAAGCCUCAAUAUGGGAAGAACUAGCAAUGAAAAAUCUGAUGAUCAAGCGGUUUCUCCAGAAAGGGAUGAAGGACAAGAAGGCAAAGGUCUGCGUCGCUCCUUCCGGCAGAGGAAAGCUGUCGAGCGCUAUCAGUCCCCACUGGAAAGUAGGUGUGCUGGGCUGGCCCUGGCUGGACACCUGUGCUCACCAAGCUGCUCUGUCACUCCUGCUUCUCAGUUGAACUGGGGAGAGGAAGUGAGAUGGAAGACAACUUGGAGGUUAAGGCAGUUCACCAAAGCGAAAGAAAAAGAUAUAAGAAAACGUAAACGAAGCCAUGCUUCACUUGUCAAAAGGAGAGAUUCAGCCAAAAAACCUAAAAGGUCUCCUUCAUCCAACUCUAAGAAAAAACACAUAAAGGGAGCUUCAAAUGAUCACACAAAAACUGAAGCAACUCGGAAAGGCAACUUAAAUGAAGUUCACAGUGAUCACAUGAAAAUUGGAGCAAGUCUGGCUGGCGUGCAGCAAAUGCAAAUAGAUGGUUCAGUGCAAUUUCAUGGUGUGGGUGGUCUAUCUGACCACAUUUCAGCUUUGAAAGAGAUGGUCAUUUUGCCGUUGCUUUAUCCUGAUGUCUUUGAGAUAUUGAAAUUUAAACCUCCAAGAGGCUGUCUAUUCUAUGGUCCACCAGGGACUGGAAAGACCCUGGUUGCUCGUGCACUAGCUAAUGAAUGUAGCAGAGGUGACAGGAAAGUAACCUUUUUUAUGAGAAGUGCUGCUGACUGCAUGAGCAAGUGGGUAGGAGAAUCCGAACGACAGCUUCGUCUAGUGUUUGAGCAGGCCUACCAGAUGCGACCUUCAAUUAUUUUCUUUGAUGAGAUCGAUGCUCUUGCUCCUGUACGGUCCAGCAAACAAGACCAAGUUCAUAGCUCUGUUGUGGGGACACUUCUGACACUUAUGGAUGGCUUAGCCAGCAGAGGAGAGGUUAUAGUAAUAGGAGCCACCAACAGACUGGAUUCUAUAGAUCCUGCUUUACGAAGACCUGGGCGCUUUGAACGAGAAUUCCGCUUCAAUUUGCCAAACAAAGAGGCAAGAUUAGAAAUUUUCAAAAUUCAUACACGAGACUGGACCCUGAAGCCAUCAGACAACUUACUUGAAGACCUGGCUGAGAAAUGUGUUGGAUUCUGUGGUGCUGAUAUCAAAGCCUUGUGUGUUGAAGCUGGGCUCUGUGCUUUGCGCCGCCGCUAUCCGCAGAUACAUGAGAGUGACAAAAGACUGAAGAUAGAUGCCAGGUCGAUUAAAGUAACGGCAAAAGAUUUUGCCACUGCCAUGCAGAAGAUUGUUCCAGCAUCACAGAGAGCUGGGACUUCACCUGGGAGAGCACUACCAGCUAUUUCAAAGCCGCUGUUAGAAAACACUCUGGAAAGAAUUUUACUAGCCUUGCAGAGAGCAUUUCCCCAUGCAAAACUUGCACUGAUGAAGAACCGAGAGAAUGAUGUGUUUAACAGUGAUGAUAACUUACCAUCAAUCUCUGGAAAGAAGCCUGGCAGCAAAAAAGCAGAAUUCCGCACUUUUAGCAGAAGUUCUUCUUACCAGCCAACAUCUUUCAGGCCACGGUUCUUGUUAGUUGAAGAGCCAGGAUGUGGGCAGGCCUUUGAUUUGGCACCUGCUGUAUUACAUGCCCUGGAAAAGUUUCCAGCUUAUACACUAGAUCUAUCCACCUUGUUUGUUAGCAGCACAUCACAGGAAGAAACAUGCUCACAGUUGAUACGAGAAGCUCAAAGAACAGCACCAAGUAUUAUUUACAUCCCACAAAUCCCUUCGUGGUGGGAGGCUGUUGGACCUACACUGAAAGCUGGUUUUACAGGACUACUGAAUAACAUUCCAUACUUUGCUCCAGUUUUGCUCCUUGCAACAUCUGAUGUGCCACAUGAAGAUCUCCCUGAGGAGAUAAAAACAUUGUUUAAUGCUAAUCGUGAAGAAGUUUUCAAUAUCCCGCGGCCUACCUGUGCUGAAAGAAAAGGGUUUUAUGAGGACUUGAUUAUGAAACAAGCUGCUGAACCUCCUGCAUCAAAAAACAAUGCAGAUUCGCAGGUACACCUUCCUGCAAGAUGUUCUCAGGUGGAUAUGCAACCACAAGUAUGGGACAAGAAAGCAAGCCAAAUUAAAAAGAGAGGAGUGUAUGUGGAUUACUCUGAGCUCAGAAAUGUGUUGGCUGCUGUUGUCAGAGCAACUGAGAACGUCAGUAUAUCAAGCAUGGCAAAACUAUAUUCUGUUCUUAGCAUGUGCAUCUACCAGCAGCGAGAAAAUCCAGACAAAACUGAAUUAGUGGAGGAAAUGAAGAAAGAAAUUGCAGCCCUCAGUUGGCUGUGAUACCUGACUUCAAUAUACUUAACAUACUCUAAUGUUUGUGUAUGGCUCCCAAAUAGAUAAGUUAUAUUUAGCAUGUCUCACUAAUUGUAGCAGCUGUAGGAAAAAAAAAAACAUAGAAGAAAGAAGCUAAGUACAUAACUGAAACCAGAUAUAACAGAGUGCUGAACCAGAUAUACUUGGUGAAACUACAUUAUGAGGAACAAAACAAGGCAAAGUUAUGAACCUAGGUAAUUUCAGUAGUAGAUCAUGCCCACUGGAUCAAGAAAGGAUCUGUCUGAAGAAGGAAAGGCAUCAGCUGAAGAAAAGUGGGCACCAGCUGGAAAGAAGAUUGAGCAUUGUUGGCUAAUUAGCACAUGAAGCAAGAAAAUAAUUCAAGCAAUAGAAGAUUAAAUAUUAAUUAAUAUAGUGACUAUGUAAUUGGGAGCCAAUCAACAUUAGUGUCUGCAAAGUUUUGAUAGUCAAUAUGCUGGCUGUGUUGAUUUACUGCCUACCACCCUUUUCUGCACAGAACUGAAAAUAAAUCAAAUAUCUCU